AUGCAGAAGCGCAAGUCCAAGCUCGAGCAGGCCCAACUGAAGAAGCGCAUCUCCCCGACCAAGCGCAAGUGGAUCAAGUUCGACCUCUUGAACCAGUCGAGGCGCAAUCGAAUGGGCAUGGUGAGGCUCCAUAGUGACAACGGUACUGAGGGCUACUGGAGCAUCGGCCGCAUUGACCGCGCCACCUGGCACAGGGUUCGAGAGGAGGCGCGCGAGGCGCGUCUCAUGGCUUGGCUCGCGGGUAGAUGCGUCACGACUCGAUCAUCGACCAGACAGUCGUCUAGGCUGUCCACGCCAGGGGUGUCGCCACGAGCCACCAGGGCCAGAACCGCCAAGAAGGCUCCAGUCGAGAAGGCUGCUCCUAAGAAAACGGUGGCUAAGAAGUCCACGACUACUGCUCAGGAUGCUGAGACCAAGCCGACCACGGCCAAGCAGGCUGCUCCCAAGAAGACUGUCGCUAAGAAAGCGACCACCAAGAAACCCACAGCUGCUACCAAGACAACCGAGGCAAGGCCGGCGGCCACCAAGCAGACGGUUGCAAAGAAGACUAUCACCAAAAAGGCCGCAGCUUCUGCUCAGACGGCUGAGGCAGAACAGGAAGCAGCCAACGAGACCGCAGCCGAUCAGGCCCACGGAAAGGCUCCCGCAAAGGCUACCGCCCAGCGAAAGGGCGCCACCAGGGCCAACGGCAAGGUGACGGCCAAGACUGCUACAACCGCCAAGGCUUCAGGCUCUGCGACUCAGCAGCCGCUUUGCGACCAAGGCCCGGCUUCUUCGCCCGGCAAGCCUUCCGCUAAGCGCUCCGCGGACUCGGAUGACCUGGACGGUCAGGUCCAGAAGCGCGCGAGGCGUUCGACUUACUAG